AUGACUAAUUUUUUUCAGACAGUCAGAGAGGUAAAGCAAGAAUUAGAAUCAAGUUGUGACGACAAAAAUUGUGGUAACAAUCAGUUCACCGGUUAUGCAUAUGACGGUGUAUGGGCAUUGGCGAUGGCCAUCAAUACAGCAUCAUUGAAAUACCGCAGUAAAUAUGGUGUGCGAUUUGAGCCGACAAACGAUGAAGCCAGUUGGGAGGCAAUGCAUCAAUUGUUGUUCGAAGCAUUAAAUCAGACAUCGUUUCAAGGAGUUACCGUAAUUAAAUUCAAAGACAACGAUCGUCUUGGAAUAGUCGAAAUUUUGCAAUGGCGUGAUGGAGCUUAUGUAAAUAUUGGAUACUACAAUUCGCUUACCAAUGUUUUAGCACCAGAAAAGUUAUUAAUGGGUUGGAAAGCACCGUUAGAUUCUAAUUUGGAAAAGGAAGAACGGGUUUAUGUGGACACUCUAUUGUUUCUUAUUUCAUCUUUAAUGGCCUUAACUGAUAUACCAAUAGAGCAUUGUUUCAGAUUCAUAAAAAUGUCAUCACCUAAUUUAAAUAAUCUUAUAAUUGCGGGUUCUAUAUGCACUUAUGCAAGCAUUAUACUUCUUGGCAUUGAUACCCGACUGGUGAAUCGAGACUGUUUUGUUUCACUUUGUUAUGUAAAAACCUGGGUAUUAUGUUUAGGAUUUACAUUGGCAUUUGGUUCAAUGUUUUCAAAAACAUGGCGUGUUCACUCAAUUUUUACCAAUAUUUGUAUGAAUAAAAAAGCAAUAAAAGAUUAUAAACUGUUUCUGAUUGUUGGCUUUUUCGUGCUGUUAGAUAUGUUAACACUAUUAUUAUGGGCUUUCAUUUCGCCGUAUUCUGUUGCUAUUGCCAAACUGGAACCAUAUGUUCUGGAGGAUAAGUUGAUUAAAGUAAAACCGCAGGUGGAAAGAUGUUACAGCGGUGAUUCGUUUGUUUUCCAAACAAUUUUACUGGCAGCCAAAGGUCUCCUUAUGAUUCUUGGCUGCUUUUUGGCUUGGGAAACACGGCAUGUCAACGUACCGGCGUUAAAUGAUAGCAAAUACAUUGGUUUAUCUGUUUAUAUUGUCGUUGUUGUAUCCACUCUUGGAAUCUCACUUGCUUUGAUUCUUCAGGACAGCAUUAAUCAAGCUUAUGCCUUGUCAACUUUCCUGAUAUUUAUCAGCACCACAGUUACACUAUGCCUUGUUUUCGUGCCUAAAGUAUGUUUUUUGAGAGAUACGUAA